AUGGCGGCGGCGACGGCAGCGGGAGCAGCGGGCUCUCUGGGGUCCGGGCCCGGGGCGGCGGCGGCGGUUGCCGGCUCGGCCGUGCCCGCUCCGGGUCCGUGCGGGGCGGUGUCGGGGGUCUCUGGGGGUCUCGGGCCGGUCCCGGUCCCUAUGAACCUCUUCGCCACCUGGGAGAUCGACCGCUCGGCGCCCAGCUGCGUGCCCAGGUGAGGUGGGCGGUCGCCGGACGGAGCUCCCCACGCCGGGGCGGGGUGGUGGGCGAGGCGGUUGGCGGGAGGGAAGGGGAGGGGAGGCUGACCCUGGGCGCGCGCGUGUUUGUGGGGUUCACACAGCGGAAUGUGGCGGGGGGUGGGGCACGCGGAGGCGACAUAACGGGGUGUCUGCCGGCAGGGUGGGGCGGAUGGGGUGGGGCUUUCCGUGAGGUGGGGUUUUUUAUUAUUAUUGUUAAGGGUCUGGGGGCUUGGCUUGGGUGGGCCGAGUUAG